AUGUGGAUGUCCAUGGCGAUGAAGGAAGAGCCUGCGCCUGAUGCCAAAUGCAAAGACAAGUUCCUGGUCCAGACCGUCGCCGUGACUGGUGACAUGGAGUUCUCCAAUGUUUCUUCUAUUUUCGAGAAAGCUUCAAAAUCCUCCAUCCAGGAGCGCAAGAUCCGUGUGAACUGGCUGCCUGCAGAAUCCUCAAAUGGCGAGCAGGGGAAGGAGACAAAUGGAAUUAGUGCACCCGAAGAAGAACCCCCUUCCUAUACGUCACCUGGCGCGAACUAUCAAACUCCUGCAGUUGGGGCUUCCACCAAAAUUUCCAAUGACACGUCACCUAUCCCACCGCCAGAUUUCAGCGAGAAGCCCAAGCGGGAUGCCUUCGCCCAACAAUCGAAUGAGAUUUCAGCCACAUCUGUCAAAUCAAACACAUCGGGUAUCCCAGCUUCAGCUGAUGAGCUGAAGACUCAACUUUCGGAGGCUAAUGCUCAGAUUCAAAAACUCAAAGAGAGACUUGCGGACCAGGGAUUGAGACAGAGAAAGAUUGGGGGCGAGAACGAGAAAUCAGCGCCUGCGAUGCAACAACAGCAGGUCCAACCCGUCGCCGCAGGUGUGCCAUUGCAGGUCGUGGCCGGGCUUUGCUUGCUAAGUUUCUUGAUCGCGUACUUCUUUUUCUAG